AUUACCUUUUCUAAGAUCAAACAACCUUCAUACUCUUUAAUUUGGUCAUUUAGCAGAGGUGUAGGAGGGAAAUUAAAAGUGUGUGUGUGUGUGAGGAGGUCCAAGGUUUAUUUGACCGAGGAAGAGAGGGAAUGUGUGCCACGGGAGCACACAUUAUGGCCGAGAUCCGGGGCUCGCCUAAAGUCCAUGGAAGCUCUUGGGUUCUGGGUUAAAUUUUAUAUUUUCUUCUCCUUUUCCAGAGGGUAAUUUUCGUAAUUUUGAUGCAUUUUUACUGUUUUGUCAUUUAUCUGUUUUUAGUUUGAUCUCUAAUAUGUACAUGUGAACGGGAAGGACGGAGGAGAUGGGUACGAAGAGUAUGAACUUGGAAGCUGUAUUAGUUAUCAAGAAGUGAAAGGUCAUCUUUAUCACGCACUGUUCCAUAAUCUGUUUGCAUCGGCGUGGAGUAGAACUAGAACUUAGAAGGGAGAAUAGACGGUCAAAAAGCUUCAGCAAUGUUGCAGUCUGUUCCAGUCACUGUUUUUUCUUGUCUUGUUGCUAUGACCAUUGUGGGGUUGACUACUGUUAUUAUCUUAACUUGGAGUAAAUGUAAAAAUUUAAAGUUUGUUCCUGUUGCCCGAAUAAAGAAAAUUAUCUUGUAUCCUGUGAAGUCUUUAAGAGGAGUAGAACUGGAACAUGUGGAGUGCACAGAAUUGGGGUUAAGAGCAGGGAGCUGGAGAGAUAGGUGCUUCAUGAUUGUUAAGAGUGGUGGAAAUUUCAUCACACAGAGACAGGAGCCUCAACUGGCCCUUUUAACACCAUCUUUACAUGGAAAUCAGUUGCAUAUCGAUGGUCCAGGAAUGAAGACAUUAAAAGUAGAAUGUCUAAAAAAAUUAAAACUUGGUGUAAAAGUAUCAAAAUGUAGAAUAUUCCAUGAUUAUGUUGAAACAGUUGAUUGUGGAGAUGAAGCAGCAACAUGGAUUCAGAAUUAUCUGAGACAAGAUGAUCUUCGAUUUGUCCAGUUUUUACCAGACUUCAAACCAAGAUGUGCCAGUGUCAAAAUGGGAGUUUUUCAUAAGCCCAAAGAAUAUUUGGUAAGUUUUCACUUUUUUGAAGAUAUCUAAAA